AAGUUUGUUGCCACAAAUAUCAAAACUAGCCUUCAAUAAACUCUUUUGGUUUUGUGAGGAUAAAAGUCGCCCCCUUAUUUUCAUCUCUCCCGACUUCCUCCUGCAACUAUCCUCCUUCACAAACCAAACGACAACGACAAUGGAAGCUUCAUCUAUCAUAUGCGGUUCCGCACCAUUACAAGUCAAGUCUAAGUCCCCCUUCUCUUCAUCCUCUUCGAACAAAUCCAAUUAUGUCGUAUCACGUCGUAACCUACCGGCUAACAACAAGAAGACUGUUACUUUGCGCUGUUUCCAUACGCAUAGUCGCCGGGCAGUCACCGCUCCGCCUCGUUACUUCAUCUCUAAGAUUGUUGGGGAUAGAAUAACUUCUCCACUGGAUAAACCAUUGAUUCAAAGGCCAUUGCUAGAUCAAUGUACACGAUUCUCUUGCUUUCAUCAUGGGCGAAGAAAACGGACUCCUAUAUGCAAUUCUACCUCAAGAAUGCUGUCGGACAAAUCUAUAUUUCAUAUCUCAAAGCAUGGAGUAAACAAUGUGCCUGAAAAACGAGUCCAAGUUUCAUGUGCAGCUGUGGGCCCCGAUGAGCCACAUGCAGCAAGCACAGCAUGGCCAGAGAGUGCUUUAGAACAGCAAUCAUCUGAUCUAUUGUUUGACACAGAAAGCAUUGAAUGGAGGAGAGAGUUAGAGGGUUUUUUAGGUUCUGAACUUCCAUCACAUCCCAAGUUGUAUAGGGGACAAUUGGAGAAUGGACUUCGGUACCUCAUCUUGCCCAAUAAAGUUCCACAAAACAGGUUUGAAGCUCACAUGGAGGUUCAUGUGGGAUCAAUUGAUGAAGAAGAUGAUGAACAAGGUAUUGCACAUAUGAUUGAGCAUGUCGCGUUUCUUGGAAGUAAGAAAAGGGAGAAACUUUUAAGGACUGGUGCACGAUCAAAUGCUUAUACAGAUUUUCAUCAUACGGUUUUUCACAUCCACUCACCUACUUCUAUUCAGGAUGCUGAUGAUGAUCUACUUCCAACUGUUUUGGAUGCUUUAAAUGAGAUAGCUUUUUACCCAAAGUUUCUUGCUUCUAGAGUUGAGAAAGAAAGACGUGCAAUACUAUCAGAGUUGCAAAUGAUGAACACUAUUGAGUACCGUGUUGAUUGCCAGUUGUUGCAACAUCUACAUUCUGAGAAUAAAUUGAGUAGAAGAUUCCCAAUUGGAUUAGAAGAACAGAUUAAAAAGUGGGAUGCAGAUAAAAUUAGGAAAUUCCAUGAACGUUGGUACUUUCCAGCAAAUGCAACUUUAUAUAUCGUGGGGGAUAUAGACAACAUUUCAAAGACAGUUCAUCACAUUGAAGCUGUUUUUGGAACAAAACAUGCUAUCAAUGAGACUCCUGUGCCACCUAAAACCAGUGCAUUUGGUGCAAUGGCAAGCUUCCUUGUACCUAAAUUCACAGGAGGGAUAUCAGCUGAUUCAUCACAUGACAGAUCAUCAUCUCUACAAGUGGACCAAUCAAAAGUUGUUAAAAAAGAAAGGCAUGCAAUUCGUCCUCCUGUAGAACAUAACUGGUCUCUUCCUGAAAGAAAUGAAGAUCUCAUAUCUCCCCAAAUAUUUCAACAUGAACUGCUUCAAAACUUCUCAAUUAACAUGUUCUGCAAGAUUCCUGUGAACAAAGUCAAAACAUAUGGCGAUUUGCGUAAUGUUCUUAUGAAGAGAAUAUUCCUUUCAGCUUUGCAUUUUCGGAUCAACUCAAGAUAUAAGAGUUCUAGCCCUCCAUUUACAUCCAUUGAGUUGGAUCAUAGUGACUCAGGGCGUGAAGGAUGCACAGUCACUACUCUUACAGUCAGUGCUGAACCUAAAAGUUGGCAAAGUGCAAUUAAAGUGGCUGCACAAGAGGUUCGAAGGCUUAAAGAGUUUGGUGUUACAAAAGGAGAAUUAGCGCGUUAUCUUGAUGCAUUGUUAAAAGAUAGUGAACAAUUAGCUGCAAUGAGUGAUAACAUUUCAUCAGUUGAUAAUUUGGAUUUUGUUAUGGAAAGUGAUGCACUUGGACAUAGGGUUAUGGAUCAUAAACAAAGUCAUGAAAGUUUGAUUGCAGUUGCUGGAACUGUCACUCUUGAAGAGGUGAAUUCCAUUGGUGCACAAGUGUUGGAGUACAUAUCAGAUUUUGGAAAAGCAUCUGCACCUAUUCCUGCAGCCAUUGUUGCAUGUGUCCCGAAGAGAGUGCAUGUUGAUGGAGUUGGUGAAGUUGAUUUCAAGAUAACUCCAAAUGAGAUAACAACUGCAAUUGAAGAAGGUUUGAAGGAACCCAUUGAGCCUGAAGCAGAGUUUGAGGUCCCCAAGGAUUUGAUAACCUUAGAACAGCUGGAUGAUUUGAAGUUGGAACUAAAGCCAUCUUUUGUAUCUGUUGGUUUAAACUCAAAUGAUACUAAAGUUCAUGAAAAAGAAACAGGGAUUACUCAGUGUCGUCUCUCUAAUGGGAUUUCCAUAAACUACAAGAUAUCAAAAACAGAAACAUGUGGUGGGGUGAUGCGGCUUAUAGUAGGCGGUGGACGGGCGGCAGAGACGCCGGACACAAGGGGGGCGGUUGUUUUGGGUGUUCGGACUUUGAGUGAGGGAGGGCGUGUUGGUAAUUUCACAAGGGAACAGGUAGAGCUAUUCUGUGUGAAUCACUUGAUCAACUGUUCAUUGGAGUCAACAGAAGAAUUUCUCUGUAUGGAGUUCCGAUUUACCACAAGAGACAAUGGAAUGCGUGCUGCAUUCCAGUUGCUUCAUAUGGUGCUUGAGCAUAGUGUGUGGCUUGAAGAUGCAUUUGAUAGAGCAAGACAAUUAUAUUUAUCAUAUUAUCGCUCUAUUCCCAAAAGCUUGGAACGUUCAACUGCUCACAAACUCAUGAUAGCAAUGUUGGAUGAAGACGAACGAUUCGUGGAGCCCACACCAAAUUCUUUACAAAAUUUAACAUUACAAACUGUAAAAGAUGCAGUAAUGAGUCAGUUUGUUAGUGAUAACAUGGAGGUGAGCAUUGUGGGAGAUUUUUCGGAAGAUGAUAUUGAUGCUUGUGUGAUGGAUUACUUGGGUACAAUUAAGGCAAAAAGAGGAGCUGAAAAGGCACUGGAGUAUACCCCGGUUGUUUUCAGACCUUCUCCUAAUGAUUUGCACUUUCAGCAAGUGUUCUUGAAGGAUACUGAUGAGAGAGCAUGUGCAUACAUUGCGGGCCCCGCACCUAACCGGUGGGGAUACACGGUUGAUGGAACCGACCUUCUUGACUCCAUAAGUAAUGAAACCCAAGGACAGCUUGUGAAGACAGAGAAUGUGAAUUUUGACCUAGAAAAAAGAUCACGGAACCACCCGUUGUUUUUUGCAAUUUCUGUGGGGCUGUUAGCUGAGAUUAUUAAUUCCAGGCUUUUCACGGAAGUUAGAGACUCACAGGGGUUAACAUAUGAUGUGUCUUUCGAGUUAAACCUGUUUGACCGGUUGACUCUCGGUUGGUAUGUUAUCUCGGUCACAUCUACACCUGGCAAGGUGCACAGAGCGGUUGAUGCUUGUAAGAGUGUCUUACGAGGCUUACAUAGCAAAAAGAUAGGGGAUCAUGAACUGGACAGGGCUAAACGGACCUUGCUGAUGAAACAUGAAGCUGAAAGUAAGUCGAAUGCGUAUUGGCUUGGUUUGAUAGCUCAUUUGCAGGCUGCUUCUGUCCAUAGAAAGGAUAUAUCAUGCAUUAAAGAUUUGACAAUGCUAUAUGAAGCUGCAACGAUUGAAGAUGUGUACUUGGCUUAUGAACAGUUGAAAAUUGAUGAACAAUCUUUGUACUGUUGCAUUGGUGUUGCUGGUGCUCAGGCUGGUGAUGAUGUUUCAGCAGGUUCUUCACAAGAGGAAGAAUAUGUUGUUGGAGGUAUUCCUGGUGUUAUUCCUGUGGGGAGAGGUUCCCACAUGAUGACAAUGCCAACAACAUAAUAUGAUCAUUAAAAGACGAGAAUGCCCUCAUCAUUAUCAUCACUAUUCAUCUGCAUAAGAAGGGAUUUAUGUAAACAAUAAGUCUCGCUCUCAAAUCAAAUAGCGUUUAGUUGCAGGAAAAACUUGUGUAUUCUUCUUCUAGUUCAGUCAUAUAGUUAUUAGCUAAUAAUGUACAUGUACUUUGUUAAAUAAAGACACCCAAUAGGUUCUUCACACUAUCUAUUUUGUGCUUCUAGAAUCUAGAGUAUGGAUUAUUGCAUGGUCAUAUAGAUGUUUUAUGAGUGAAAGAAAUAACAUGUUUAUGUUUAUGUUGA